UCAGUCUCCUUGAUGGAAAUGAUGACCACUUUGCAUAAAAGAUUUUGGAACCAUUGUGAGUUGAGCACAAAAGUCUGAUGCUAGAAGAGGAGAGGGUGUAAGACAUAGAGCCUGAUUCUUUACAUUUAAAUCUUCCACGUUUACAGCUACUUGAUCAUGAUGAAGCUGUUCAGUCUCCUAUGUCUGAUUGGUUUCCCAUUUGCCCUGUCCAUCCCAGAUUGGACACAGGUUGCCCCUCUUCUCAUCAAGCAGUUAAUGACUUGGCCAGUGGCACAGAAUUACUGCAGGACAAACCACCUUGAUCUGUAUUCAAUUACAGGUCCAAGUGACCAAGCAAUGCUAAUUAAUGAAAUGAAUAAUCAUAAUGAGAUGGUGGCUGUCUGGACAGGUCUGUACAAUGAUCUGGACAACUGGUACUGGUCCUAUAAUCACUUGCCAUUGAAGAAUCAAAGUCAGUGGUACUUUGCUCCAGGAUACCCUUAUAAUGGGUAUGGACUAGAUGUGUGUGGAGCAAUGGACUGGAAUGGAAAGUGGAUAAUUAUCAGAUGCCUCAUCACUAUACCCUUUAUAUGUUAUGACGAGACAAACAGUUAUGCCAACAGGUUUGUUGUCUACCCUCAGGAUACCUUUAACUGGUUUCAGGCUCAGUCGUAUUGCCGAACCUAUCACACAGAUUUAGCCUACACGUUCAACAACGACGACGUCACCCUUGCGGUGCAAUGCGUAAUGCAAACUAGCUAUAACGCUGCUUGGUUUGGUCUAACUAGAGACACUUGGAAGUGGUCAAAUGGGAGGGCGCCUUCAUACCUUCCAUGGUCAGCUCUCCAACCAGAUAAUUAUUAUCUGUGGGAGAAUUGUGGAGUGGCACAAGAUGGAUUGCUCUUCGAUGAUAUAUGCACCAACUUGUACUAUUUUGUCUGUUCUGCUUAUCUAAACAAGACGCAAUUCUUGAAACUGGAGGUUUUAUCAGAUGCGAGUGUGCUUGACCCUGCCGUGCAGUCGACUAUUUUAGAUUUGAUCACCCAGAAACUGCAUGAAAACGGCAUGUCAGUGAACACCACUGUAGCCUGGAAGGUGCAGUCAGAUGGAAGCAUCUUUCACAAGAAAGAACAGGACAAAGGAUAAGCUUAAAAUGCUCCUGGAUUAAAGAAUUAACCAAUGUAUAAUUUGAAAUGUCUCUAGAAUGUACCUGUGAUAAUGAUUCAUUUAGAUGCAAGAAAAAUAAGUAGAUUCAAUAAAACAAGUAGAAUGACUUGAAUGAAUGAAGAAAUACACAUAGAGGACAAUAUAAUAACUAUAGUUAUGCUAACGUGUUAGCAUAGUGCAACAGGAGAAUUAUUAUUUUUGGCAGAGGGGACAAGCUAGAUGUACAUUUAAAUGAUAUUAAUGUUAUUGCUAGAAUAUAGACAUUCACUAGUUGAUGUGUGUACAUAUAAGUAUAUAGUAUUUGUACAUGCAUACAUAAUUAAUUGAUUAAGACAACCUAUGUAGUAUCUGUGAUGGGAAUAAUUAUUCAUUCUGUGGUUAGUGCAUACAAUCUUGAAUGAUAUUAGCAUUCCCUAUGACAUUACAUUACAAUUCUGACCUUUCCCACUGCCCAAGACACUAACAUGCUUCAUGGUGCCUCUGCAUAUGCAAACAUGCUUCCACAGCUCAGGUGAUAGAAAUCAAUGUCUGAACCUUUCAUUUACAUCGUACCUAUAAGUUAUUAAUGCCUUUCUUAAUUAGACCCAACAAGGAUCAUUCUUUCUUCUUUCAGUCUGUACAUCCUGAUUAUUAUAUGAAU